AUGGCAUAUAUCUUUGUGGAAGUAGAUUAUGUCUCCAAAUGGGUCAAGAAAAUUGCUUUGCCAAACAAUGAUGCAAGAAGUGUAACCGUCUUCUUGAAGAAGAACAUAUUUACUCGGUUUGGCACCCCAAGAGCCAUCAUUAGUGAUGGUGUCUCUCACUUUUGCAACAAAGCUUUUGUCGGGCUACUAAAAAGAUAUGAAGUUAAGCACAAGGUGGACAGCCCUUAUCAUACCUUAGUCAAGCGGACCGACUGGUCAAAGAAGCUAGAUGAUGCACUGUGGGCCUAUCUAAUGGCAUUUAAGACACCCAUUGGCACCUCACCUUACCGAUUAGUUUUUGGUAAGGCUUGUCACCUGCCAGUGGAACUUGAAAACAAAGCCAUGUGGGCAUUGAAAACGUUAAAUCUUCACUGGACCAAAACUACUGAUCUAAGGAUGAUACAACUCAACGAGAUGGAAGAGUUCUGUUUCCUUGCCUAUGAGAAUGCAACCAUGUAUAAAGAAAGAAUGAAGUUUGUUCAUGAAAAGAAGAUUUUGAAGCGGGAAUUCAAAUCUGGUGACUUGGUCUUACUCUUUAACUCAAGAUUGAAGUUCUUUCCAGGCAAAUUCAAAUCCAAAUGGUCGGUGCAGUUCAAAGUUGUGAGUGUGUCUUCCUAUGGUUCUAUUGAAUUAGAAUCCGAGGACGGGACUCGAACUUUCAAAGUAAAUGUCCAAAAGGUCAAACACUACCUCGGAACCAAUAGAGAAAGGCAACUAGUAGAAUAA